AUGGCCUCCAAGCACCCAUUGAGACGGUCGUGUGCCUUUUGCCGGGCGAGGAAGAUCAGGUGUUCUAACGAAACCAUCUGCGAGGCCUGCCGCAAGCAGGGCGCUGACUGCAUCUACGACUUCGAGUCACCACGGUCCAGGGUUCGGAACCCGAGCAUUGACAGCACAAAGUCCAACUUGUUACAUGUUCGAAGCGAUCAUGGACUGCCGGAUAGCAAGAGAAGAAGAUCUUGCUCUGCUAGCUCCACCCCUUCUACUCCCCCGAAGAACCAAGAGGAUCAGGGUCCCCCAGGGGAAGCCUUUGAAAGCAUUGCUGCAUCCCUAGAGCAGAUGUUUCGGGAGAAAUUUCCUCACAAGUCUGUCAAGUUUACCCCCGAAGAGCAAUCCAACUCUCAGUCAAAGCCCAGACCCAAGGAUAUCAGGUACACCGGUCUUCUCUCCCUCCUGGCCUACGACCUUGUCGGGCUUGUCGUUGACAGAUUUGGCUCCUUGGGAUGCUACCACAAUGAAGAGAACAGUAGUCGAUUCUUCCGGUCCGGCCUGGCCAGCGAUAAUACCCAAAACAUGUUCGACAACCUUGUCCAGGGAACCAACCCCCUUUCCGACUAUGGCCCACGACAGCGGACGCAACUGAUCGAUGUCUGGUACUCCAUCCACCCCCUGUCUUUCCUCAUCUCCAAGACCCUACUUCUUCGGGAGGUCCGCGAUGGCACCUGCGACGAGGUUCUUAUAGCUGCUAUGCUCGCCGAGGCCAGCUUCGUCCUUGGAGACGAAAUCAGUGUUGGUCGUGGCCGUGACUUGUUGAAGUGGGCCGAAGCACAACUCCAAAACCGUCGACGUCAUCAACAAUCCAGCGAAGACAACUCCAUACACUCGAACAUACCCACGAGGGUAUACAAGCGAGUCACUACUGCACAAGCCUUGGUCCUCCUGGCCUGGAACGCUCUCUCCUCCUAUGAGUUUCGUCGGGCAGUCUGCUACAUCGACCUGGCUAGCAAGAUGGUGACGGAGAUCAAAGAAUGCAUGGCAAGAGAUAUGUCCCCACCAAACUCCAGUCGUAUCAACGGGGUCGAUGUGCUGGAUGUUGAGAGAGAGGUUGUGACCUAUCUCUGGUGGACAACGUUCUCCCUGAAUCUCUGGACUUGUGUCCAGACGGGCUUCUUGCCUGAAUCCACCCCCGCCACUUUCACCCUUGAUUCCCUUCCCGUGACGGAGGCCUCCUCUAUCAUCAUUCAACUGGACCUGGUAUCCGAGAACUUCAGCACGUUGCAGAAGCAGAAGGGCAGCAUGCGUGAGAUGUGGCCUCUCGCCCACAUUUCCAGCACUGUUGCCUACCUGUUCCUGCAUACUUCCGACCAGGCGGCAGCAAGACAUGGCGUGGGUGUUUGUCGAGAGGCUAUCCGCCUGCUUUCUGGCGAAGCAAACAAGGCAGAAGAGAAAUGCAAGGCGCCCUUCAGACGACAAUCUGAUGACGCUUCACGGCACUUGCUCCUUGCGUUCCAUCAUACCAUGGCUGCCCAGUUCCUCUUCCCAAAGGCCUUCCGGGAUCAGGCAACCAUCUCUCCAGAUACUGUUGAUCAGUUCUGCACCUCGAUGGACCAAAUCCUUCGAUUCCUCUCCUUGACCCCGGAGCAGCCUUGCGACCCCAUCUCCAUCACUUCGUCCCUUCACCAGUCUCUCCCCAAGGCCCUUUGCCUUCUUCUUGAUACCUGCUCCCGAGCCUUCAACUUUAUCCGUGCCAACCUGGGUCUCAGCCUGAACGAGACUUACUUCCAUCAGGGAUGGGAUGGGAGACUACAUCCUCUUGCAACCCGGCUGUACAACAUGAGCAAGGACGACCGCUUCCAUCAGGGGUCGACGCUUCGCGCCGUCAGGAAGCAACUCAAGACUUGUGCCCGUGCUUUUGGAGCAGCUGGUGCCUCGAACUCUCUGGGUGUCCCUGAAGCAAACACAAACAACAUGCGCUCAGCGUCACAUUCUCCUCAGCACAAUGUUCAGGCGCCCGGCUACUUUACUGCCACACCACAGGCGAUCGGUGACGCUUCGUCGCCAUUCUCAUGCAUCGAGGAUAUUUCCAGAGUGUCUUCAUCCAUGCCAUCGUCGUCUGGCUCAUCGGCGAGCGUCUCGACUCCAUCGUUUACUCCUUUCGAGCAAAUGAGCAAAUGGCCGAUCGAUGGUGGCUUCUCUCCAGAUAUGCUGAGCACAAGCACCUUUAGCCCUCCUCCGGCCAUCCAGCAUGGCGUCACCAAUGGAUCGGUCAUGAGCAAUAUGUGGUACUCUCAACCUCCGAUGAUGGACCUCGAGCCCGCGGGCCCGGUCUCGAUCCAGCUUGGACAAUGGGUUUGGCCGCCCACGAGCUCUGAGGAAGCUACAUAUCUCUCCUUCCAAGCCUUGGAUAUGGAGGAGGCUCCGGAAUAG